GAUAAAUCUCUAUAAAAGAACUGUAAUACUCAGAUUUAUUUCUUACGACUUAUUAUUUAAUACUUAUUGAUCUUUUUAGACAGUAGAGAUUUUUAUUUGUAAGUAUAAAUGGACGACGAUACAAAAUUGAAAAGGAUUAAAUUCAAAGUUUCUGCACCAGGCAGAAUCAUCUUAUACGGAGAACCUUUGGCAAUGUAUGGUAAACGUGUUGUAGCGACCAGUAUAGAUCUUCGAACCACGCUCAAAUUUUGCGAAAUAACUGAUAAUAGAAGAUAUAUUAUUAAGAUCGAUUUUCCUGAUAUUGAUUUAUGGUUGAAUUUAUCUCUAGAACAAGUCCUAAACUUUUUUUUUAAUAAUAUUGAUAACGCUGAUCAUUUCUUGAAAGAAAAUAUCUUGUUACAUAGAUACGUGCAAUAUUUUAUCACAUUAAACGGUAUGGGGAAUACAUACGAGCAAAGAUUUAGUUUACACACAUUUUUUUACUUGUUUAUUCUUAUUGUUUGUGCCGAGAGACUAAAUAUAAAAUCUUUCCACGUGUGCUUGACUUCGCAAUUACCUAUGCGCGCUGGUCUGGGCAGUUCAACAUCAUUUGCGAUAUGUCUCGCAGCGAGCUUUUUAUACUGGGCACGUCUGCAGAAAGGUAUCGAGGCAUUUUAUGAUGGAGAUUUAGAAGAUAUCUCGGGAUAUGUUUUGGAGUGCGAGGAAGUUAUAGAAAAUUAUGUAGCCAAUAUUGACAACGAUGUGUGCUCAUAUGGCGGAAUAAUAAAAUUUCGAUACGACAUUCGGACAGGCUAUAAUGAAACUUGUAAUAUAAUCGCACCGAGAAUGAAGAUUCUGCUGAUCGACUCAAGAAUUCGCCAAAAUAAACUCAAACAAAUGAAGAGGAUGGCGGAGCUAAAAUUUUUUUAUCCUAUGUAUUUGAACAUCAUUUUGAACGUUAUCGAUUAUAUAUCAAAGCAGGCUUGUAGAGAGCUUAAUGCACUUAAUUUUCUUCAAGGAAAUCAUUUACAAAAUACGUACAAAACAUUGAAAGUAAGUUUUUCUAUCUUUAUUUCACUAAGUCAAAAAAUUUUUCAUGAUUUGGGAUUGUCGCAUCCAAAUAUUGAUAUUAUUUGCGCAAUUGCGAGAGAAUACGGUUUUGCGGGAAAACUUACAAGUUUUGGUGGAAAGUAUGUGUAUAUCUUAUUAUCGCCAGAUGUAGCAGAAGAGAAUAUCAUGAGGCUCUCGGCACAUCUAAUGCUCGUGGGUUUUGCUGUUACAAAGACUAGCGUGAAUUGUAGUGGAGUGAGAAUUAAUGAUUUAUAUUAAAAUAAUCAAUUAUAUAAAUAAACAAAUAAUAACAAAUAGUGCACGCUCUAAAUGUGAAGCGUAGCAAAAUUAUUACAGCUUGUUAUAUAAUAGUAUAAAUGUAGAUAUACAGUAGUAUACUAUU